UGAUAUUCUUGCUGUGAUUGUUUUUAAAAUAUCCAUGUUAAAGUCAAAAUGUUUGCACCACGUAAUUCAUCACCCGUUGCCAUGUAUGGCAAGGAGGAUAUUGCAGCUUAUGAGAUAAAACUUAAAAAGGUCCUCGGUUUAACAGUUUGCAGUAAUGCAGCUCUGGAUGUGUCACCAAUUAGCGGCUUGCUGGCUUAUCCGGCAGGCUGCACUGUUGUACUUUUUAAUGCCAAACGUCAAACCCAAGCCUAUUUAGUGAACACGUCCCGCAAAGCCUUUACUUCCGUUGCAUUUUCACGCUGCGGUCGUUAUAUUGCCACAGGUGAGUGUGGCAUUAAUCCAGCUAUUAAAGUAUGGGAACUCGAAUCACCAAAUGGAAAUUUAGAACAAACUACCGGAGGCAAUGUAGUAGCGGAAUUUGUGGAUCACAAAUACGCAGUGACAUGCGUGGCAUUUUCCCCAACUGGCAAGUACCUGGUAUCUGUGGGCUCACAACAUGACAUGAUAGUAAAUGUUUUCGAUUGGAAAUCGAACUUGAAAAUGGCAUCGAAUAAAAUCAGCUCUAAAGUGUCAGCUGUCAGCUUUGCAGAGGAUGGCACAUAUUUUGUAACUGUGGGCAAUCGUCAUGUAAAAUUUUGGUACCUAGAAGGUGGUCGGAAAGUAGGCUAUAAAGAUCCUAUACCGCUGAUGGGUCGCAGUGCCAUAUUGGGUGAUUUGCGCGAUAAUGAUUUCUGUGCUGUUGCCUGUGGUCGUGGUGAAUGUAAGAAUAGUACCUAUGCCAUUACAAGGCAGGGGCAUCUAGUUGAGUUUAGUUCGCGUCGUUUAGCUGAUAAGUGGGUGCAAUGUCGUACCACAAGCGCCAAUUGCAUAUGCGUUAAUAGAAACUUUAUACUCGUCGGUUGUGCUGAAUCCAUCAUACGAGUUUUCAAUGCUAUCACAUUGGAAUAUGUGACCACACUGCCACGCACACAUUACCUGGGCGUGGAUGUUGCACAAGGUAUACAUAUCAGUCACAUAACAUCAGUGCCGCCGCAUGCAAAAUAUCCAGAUUGCAUUGCAAUGGUUUACGAUGAGCAUCGUUCAAAAGUCAGCUGUGUCUACAACGACCACUCGCUUUAUAUAUGGGAUAUGCGAGAUAUGAAGCGCUUCGGUAAAUCGCACUCCUUUCUUUAUCAUUCCACGUGCAUUUGGGGCGUGGAAACAGUGCCAUAUAAUAUAGAGCGCGACAUGUCACAUACACUACCCGAGGAUUGCUUUGUGACAUGCUCUUCGGAUGAUACCAUACGAGUGUGGGGUUUAGAUGGCUGUACCAACAACGAAAUCUAUCGUAAAAAUAUAUAUUCUCAAGAACUCCUCAAAGUCGUCUACAUUGAUGACGAGCUUAAUUUUAUUAAGGAUCAAGAGGCUAUGGGCGAAACAUAUGAUGGACGGAAUGGUGUGCGUUGCAUUAAAAUAAGCCCAGAGCUACAGCAUUUAGCGAGUGGUGAUCGUAGCGGUAACAUACGUAUCUACAACUUGGCUAACUUGAAACUUAUUACUACGAUUGAAGCGCACGAAUCGGAAGUUUUAUGUUUGGAGUACUCGAAUGACAAAAUCGAAAGAAAGUUAUUAGCCAGCGCAAGUCGUGACCGACUUAUACAUGUUUUUGACGUUUCUCAGGAUUACUUGCUGCUACAAACGCUCGACGAUCACUCCUCAUCCAUAACGUCCAUUAAAUUUGUUGGUGCUGGUUUAAGUUUUCAAAUGAUAUCUUGCGGCGCAGAUAAGUCAAUAAUGUUCAGAACAUUUCAGGGUAACAUAUUUUUACGUGGCACGCACACAUCUGGCAAAACUACUCUGUAUGACAUGGAAGUGGAUUCAAAUUCUAAACACAUACUCACGGCUUGUCAAGAUCGGAACGUACGUGUUUAUGGCACACAGAACACCAAGCAUACAAAGACAUUUAAAGGUUCACAUUCAGACGAGGGCAGUCUUAUUAAAUUGAGUCUUGAUCCGAGUGGCAUUUAUGUCGCCACAUCGUGUACUGACAAAACGCUUGCUGUAUACGAUUACUAUUCCAAUGAAUGCAUGGCACGUAUGUACGGUCAUAGCGAACUAGUAACAGGCCUUAAAUUUACCAACGAUUGUCGUCAUUUAAUAUCUGCAAGCGGUGACGGUUGUAUAUUUAUUUGGCAAGUGCCACAUGAUAUGAUUGUUACAAUGCAAGCACGCCUCUCUCAGCAACGUCUGCGUUCUGGACACGCACCUAUACCACGUUCAGUGUCUGUCGUUACGCCACUUGAGGGUGUAAUAGUUGAAUCACCUACACAUGAAUUUGAGCAAUUAGCAAUGACACAAAAGUACUCAGUAUCGCCUAAUUUGUUUGCUGAUGAAACACCAUUAACGCCAGGUUACAAACUAUCUGAUGUAGGACAAUUACCACAAUGGGCAAAACGAAAGACAGCUGCUGCAAAUGAACAAGACAAUGGCAAUACCAAUAGUAUAGGUAUCGCCAUACCAACUACUACAUCUUCCACUCUAGUGAAUGCUUCUUCCAUAUCAAAUUUAAGCUCAUCUCCUAGUCAAACAGGUUUAGGUGGUGUACCGCGUGCACGUGGACGCUGGGCACAGCGUGGACAAAUCGAUCCAGAUGCACUUACCGAUUUACGUUCAAAUUCAGAAAGCCCAUUAGGUACCGCGUCUUCUACAGGUGGUGUUAGUACUGUUAGCGGUUUAGGUAAUACACAGACAUCGGACUAUAAUAGUGCUUCCUCAAAGGACAUAAUGUACAAUCAAACUUAUUUAAGCGAAGACUCCUCCAUUGACUCGGGCAUGGAGACUCGUCGCGAGCUUAAGUUUAUUGGCAGCAAUAAUAACGGCACACUAAAUCCAACCACAAUUAACAACGGCGCUAUGACAAGACUGCUGCCGGAUAAGCGGAAAUCCGGCUUAAGUUUUGAUGUGCAAUCCAAUGACCACGAUGGCGAUAUCGAAGACAUAUCUGACGGAGAACGCACAAGUUCUGAUCAUGGCAUGUUCUACAACAAUAUAGCACCUAGCACACCUACUGACUUUAAAGUAACUGCUAUGAAUGAAGAGGAAUUACGGAAAUCAGUGCGAAGGCAGAAAUUUGAAAAAGCAGGCCUAACGAUCAGUGGAAAUGGUAGCUCUCACACAGCUAGCACUGGUACUGGUACUGGCACCUCAGAUACAGAAGAUGAAGGCUCCACACCAAGUGCGGAAAAUGCCGAACGUUCGUUAGCCUCCACACUGGGUGGUAGCUCGGAGAGUAUACCACAAACAACAAGCAGCUUUCUGCAAGCUGCAUUACCGGAUGGACCUGGCAUUGUUUUAGAACGUGGUAGUACCAAUCGUCGUAGCAUUAGUGCCAAACAUAAUACAGAAAAUGGCAAAGGCGUCUCAGCACCUCCGACAAUAACGAAAUCUUACACCAGCACAAAGAAAGAGGAACUUCUUAAAGUUAUUAACGAAGCUAAACAAAAACUAGAAAACGGCACACGUUUGAACGGAAUUAAAAAGUUAAAUGCUAUACCCGAGGUUGGCUAUCGCUCACUACGUGGCAGUCACAGCAUAUCAGAUUUAAGUUUAGCCGGUAAUUUGGAUGGGUCAAGAUCAGCAGCAGCUACUAGUCGUUAUGCAAAAACAGGUAAUCUAAAAAGUUUGCUGCCCAUGCCAAUUGAAGAAUCGUCUAUUAGACGCGCUUGCUCACUCAGUGACCUGCAUAUGGGUAAUAUGGGUAAAGGGAAACCCAAUAAUAAUACUUUGCAGAAACCUAGUGUCACGUAUCGAAAUAGCUCUGCUUCACGUUCAACGACGAAAAGGAAUAGUUUACAAUUGAAAGGUUCCACUAGCACUCUUGGCGCUCCAAGUACAUCAAUGGGUGUGCUAAAUCAAGCGAGUGAUUCUGAAACUGAAGAUGCAGUACGAGGACGUUCUUUAGGUGCCAAUCAGGGCAGAACAAAUGGUCCAACUGCUGCCAUUCGCCAGUAUGGAAACAAAACUUCCAAUACAAACAACAAUCGGCGAAAGGGACUGCAGACCAGUUUUAGCAAUGCUGUGCCACAAGACGAUUCCAGCUCGGAAGAAACCCAACUUGGUUCAUCGAGCAGUAAACCAAUUGUGCCACCACGCCCACGUAAUUUGGUAUUUGAUCAUAAGUCCAAAAUUACUAAUUCUUCAAAUGCAACAAAGACACGAGGCGUAUUCGAAUCACCUGAGUUUAGAGAAAUUGAUUGCAAUGAUCCUAAAUUCCAAGUGCAUAAUGUUAUUAAUGACUUAUAUACAACAACUAAAACAGUUAUGCAGCUACAUGCCAACUUGAAAAAUGGUGAAGAUUCAUUGAUGCUGAAAGAAUUGGAGAACGCUGUGAUCAUGACACAAAACAUGUUAACAAAUAUAACACAAAAUAAAAACGAUAAAACCAGCUCACAACAUAACCACAAUUAUAGCAGUACCGAACAGGUUAAUCUAGACAAUGGCGACUAUCUAAUGAUGGUGAAUAAUUGCGCCGAUUUAUUGAGUAAUUUCCGCAUGAAGCACAAACCCGAUGACUGUGAGAAUAACUCCUAGUUUUGUAGUAGUUAGAAAUUAGCUUUUUAAAUUAAAUUUUUCAAAAUUCAAAAUAUACAAAAUA